AUGGGAGCUAGCUUAGGCACUUAUCGAGAUGAGCAUAAGGAAAGGGGUGCUAGUAUGGGGGUUGUCUUGGAAAUGACAACUAUGCGACACAUGAGCUACUUUUGGGUGAAAAAAAAACCAAUACGCAAAGACAAGAAGGCUACUGCAAGGUUGUUCGUGCGAGAGGGAUUGUCGGGAGGUGAUGGAGGUUAUGUUAUGGGGUUGUUCGGGUUAUGGUGUGAGAGAACACUGGAGUUGCAUGUGGGAGAGGGAUUGCUAGCGUGUGUUUUCUCCAUUGAGGAAAAGGCUAGCUAUAAGGAAGAGAACACCUGUUAUGUGGGGGUUGUUAUGGAGGUUAUGAGUGAGACAAGAGCUAGUAUGUGUAGGUGGAGAAAGUUGUAG